AUGAAAGGCAGUCUUGCAGUGGCUAUGGUUAUACAUGCUAAAACAAAAAUACUAGAAGCAACUACUCUGCAUAUGGCAGCAUCAGGGGGUCAUUCUCGUAUUGUAAAGAUACUCCUUGAGAAUGGGGCUAGCCCAGAGGAUGAGAAUGCUAACGGCAUGACUCCUCUUAGUUUAGCUGCCUGGAAUGGGCAUGUCCCAAUUUUGGCUUGUUUUGACAAAAAAUAUUGGCGACGUUGCUCUAAAAAGGUAGAAAUUUUCGUGAUUGUUCUAAUAUUAAAGCAUAGACGGGCCUAA